AUGAUUAUCUAAUAAAUACGUCUUGACUUAUAUAUUCAUGUGUCUGGAUUAUACCUAGUGUAUGUCUAGAACGCUUGGUGAGUAUCUUAUGAUAGUACACGUAGAAGCAUCUCAGCUUGGACACCUGAAAUAUGUGACGAUGAACUCAAAGUAGAUGGGAGUUGUCAUUCACACAAGCAUCAUCAAAAAACCUGCCCGGUAUUGUCAAUGGUCAAGGACGAUACAGAGGGAAGAACCUCAUCAACGUUAUUACAAGGUCGACAAAAUCGUCACCACGGCAACGGUACAAAAGGAUUUCCGGUUCAUGCCGAGCGAGCAGCGCCCUGAAUCAUCGGGACCAGGCGGAAUAGACGAAAAUCUAUUUUCAUAGACAUUCUGCAUGUAUAUAUAGAGCAUACUUUUGUGAAACCAAAUCAAUGUUUAAUAUCAUGGCAUUCAAUAGCGUUCCAUCUAAUCGGCAUCAUCCUUUGUGCACGUCACCAACUACGUCACCAACUACGUCAUAUGACGGGUAUCAGACUGGAAUGGAUGUUCCCGACAAUGUUUCUAGGGUAACAAGAGGAUCAUCCGUGUCAACUGGGAAUCAAAACAGGGACAAAGUUUCCAGAUUGGCAAGAGAGUAUGGUAUUGUUGUAUCUAAACCCAAACACCCAAACUAUGCAAUUAAAGCUGUCCGACUCAACACCUUCAAAGACUGGUCGCCAUCUUCUACUCAAUCGGCAGAAGAUAUGGCAGAGGCGGGAUUUUUUCAUCCAACGGAAAAUAGCGAUGCCGUCUACUGCUUCUACUGUGGCAUAGGUUUAAAGGAGUGGAAGGAGGGGGACACCCCUUGGGGGGAGCAUGCCAAAUGGUCGCCUGACUGUGUGUUUGUCCGUAAUAUCAAAGGUCCGGAUUUCAUCGAGACGGAAAGGCUAAAAGAAUCUGAUCCAAAGGAGUUUCAUGUUAGAGAGACCAUGGAACGAAAAGUUGAAACGGACGGAAUGAACGGAAAUGGGAGUUCAAAUUUAGAUACCAUGAAUAACCCAGCAAUUUUGAGUUUGAUCCAGAAUGGAUACAAAGAAGCCAUGGUUAAUCAAGCUCUAGUUUAUCAUAGGAAAAGACACAGAGGGAAAUCAUUUUCGGCCAAGGAACUCUUAGAAAUCAUCUUUGACAUAGAAGACAACAACAUACAAUCGGACGAAGUUAAAACAGAUGUUCCAGUUACAUUGACAGACAUUGUACAGCAACAGAGCAAUGACCUGUUCUGUCGGAGAUGCACAUUUAAUCCAGUGUCGGUAGUUUUUCUGCCCUGUGGACACCUGUGUACCUGCACGGACUGUGCUCCAUCAAUCAAACACUGUAUGCUGUGUAAACAGUUGGUCAAGGGAACAGUUCGCACGUACAUGGCGUAAUUUUUUAUGAGCAUCGAAAGCUGUUAAUAUAUUACGUUAAAAGAAUCUUCCAGUGUACUGUGGUUUUCAUAAGGAAUGGUUGUGUUGAAGAUGAUUUUCAAGAUAUCUGGCAAUUAUUAAGAAAAUUCCCUUACUGUAUUUUAUGUUGCUGUCAUGUCUUUAUUUUGAAUUUACCGGGUGCAUGUAUUUUACUGCCACCCAAAAUUCAAAAUUUAAAACAUGACAUUGCCAUGUUUUAAAAACACCUUUAAGAGUUCUCAAAUUCCACUAUCUACAUACUAUAUCAUAGACAGUGUUUCUUAGAAAUCUCCUUUUUUUUAAGUACUGUAACCUUUAAUAUAUAAUAAUAACCAUAGAAUUUCCGUGCAAUUAUUUUUUCAGUAUUAGUUGAUUAAUCAUAAACAGAAAAUCACUAUAAAUAUAAUACCUCUUAUGAUACACUACAUGUAAUAAUUGUAGCUUAAUUUACUAAAUGCAUAUUUUGUUUACUAACUCUUGCAUAUAAAACUAGAAUAGAAUAUUGUCUUUUUCUAUUAAAGUUUUGGAUGUGAUAGCAUUUUCUAUUUUCAUGUAUUAAUUAAUCGGUUUGGAAUUUUAAAUA